AUGAUUUCAUAUAUGGAUCUGGUUCAGCAAUGUUUUUAUUUAUCUACCGAUUGGCGUUGGGACAAUACAUAUGAACGUAUUUUGGAGACUCCUAGAAACUUACUGCAGUUUCCUAUUCCAAAUGGAGUAAAAAUUACUGUGUCCAGUAGAAAUACAGAGAACAACUACAGUUCUAUUAAUAUUUCACAGGUUGAUCGACUAGAAGGCUCACUGUCUUAUUUAACUUCAUCAGCUAACCUUGAUGAAUACUAUCAGUCUUCCCGAACAUUGCCGAUAAGCCGGGUUCUCCAUGGUUAUCGGGAAAUUUUGUCACAAUUAUCAAGUCCAGGUGAUUCGAAAAGAAGCAGCAAGCCAUUUCUGUUAUACGGUAAAAUGUAUUUUCCAUCACAAUUUUUGGAAGGUAUGCUGAUCAAAAGAUUUUCUCCUAACUAUCAACUUAUUGUAAAGUUUGUGAAUACUCCGAAGUUGAAUAAGUUGACACAGCCAACUUCAAUUUUUACUUUUUACUUGCAAAGACAAACAGAGAAUUGUGCACAUGACUUCAUCUAUUCCACAAGAGAAGAUUUGUUUGGAUUUAGGUGUCUUUAUCAUCUUGAUUUUCUAGCAUCCAACUCUCAAAUUAAUCCUAUGAAAAAGUCCGAUUUAACUACUCCCAAGCCAAAAUCAAAAUCAAUUCAACAUCCUUCAAAACUUUCUGCAGGCUGUGAACUUUGGUAUGCUGCGGGAAAUGUAAGUCCCGGCAUGAGCGUUGCUGCAAGGUAUACAACAUUACUGCACUCCCUUCCUUAUGCCAUUUCAAGUAUCCACCCCCUUACGUUUACGAUUGCCGCAAAUCCCUUGCUAGGUACAUUCGAAUCUACUUAUGCCAUCAAAAGCGAUGCUUUAUUUAAGGUAUUAAGUUCUAAGUACCAGUUUAAUAUGUAUUCCUAUGAUUCUGAUUUGAUUUUUGGGGCUCAAAUUCUUAGGUCCAAGCUCACAUUCAAAAAUAAGAACGAACCAGUACAAAGAAUUGAAGAGACUCCUGAAAAAACAUUACAAAAAUAUUCUUCCAGCACAAAACCAUUCCAUCCAUAUCAACUGGAUCAACAACACAUAAUUCACAAACUCUCUCACAUAAGUCAGCAUAAUAUUGUAUAUAAAGUUUCCGACGAGGAGGGUGUUGAAAAUACCUCUGAGGCAGCUAGGCCAGGUCAAAGCACAAAAAGCCACCAAAAUCCCCCACUGACAUCGUUUUCGAAUGACAUGAAAAUUGUUGAGCAAGAGGAAAAGGAAGAAUACAUAUCAAGUCUAAAAGUAAGUGGAAGCAUCACCAAACAGAAUCUGCGAGUGGCUUGGGAAGGAAAAUUCUACGAAUGGUUUGUUAGCUCUGGUGCUUCCAUUGAUAUGAAGGGUAUUGGCUCCGGGCCACGGGUAUUAAAAUACGGUAUAGAGUUCGCCUAUAAUUCAUAA